AUGAUGUAUGUUUUUUCAUUGCAGGCUAACCAUUUCGAGUUUUUAUUAUACUUUAGAAGGAUAAGCUCCUCGUUUGAAUGUUCUCAGAUGAGCUUUUUCUGUUACUCUCUUUCAAUAACCACUGAUGACACCCAGACUAGAGCUCUUGUGGAGCCUGAUGAGGAAGCCAUUGCCCGGAAGGGUCACUUUUACGGCGUAUAUUUGCUCUGCAGCCAGAGCCUGGAUCCACGCUACCGUGGAAAAUGCUAUGUGGGCUUCACCGUAAACCCGCAACGUCGGAUCCGACAACAUAACCGUGGCUGCGACUUUGGCGGAGCCAAGAAAACCAGCCGAAAAGGACCCUGGCAGAUGGUGAUGAUUGUGCACGGUUUUCCCAACAACAUUGUGGCUCUUCAGUUUGAGUGGGCAUGGCAGCAGCCAUCACUUUCCACCCGGCUAAAGAUCUUUCCGGAAUUGAAGCGCAAAAAGCCCAGAGAAGCCCACUUUGACUAUAACUUUAGGAUCCUUAGUCGAAUGCUAUGCGUGGGGCCGUGGAAUCGGUUGACUCUGACAGUUCGCUGGCUGGAAACAGACUACGAGAGGGGCUUCGAAGUAUCGCUGCCCAAACAAAUUGAGAUUGUGAGUGGUAAGGUUACCAUUACCGCCUCGCAGCGGAAGAGAGGCGGGACUGCAGAGGCUCCUACACCGAUUGCCUGGGCUCCCGAGUGUCACUUAUGCAUGCAAGUCAUCGAUCAGCCGGAGCGAUCUCGUUUGGGUUGUACGAAUCCCACUUGUCGGCUCACAUGUCACAUGUUGUGCCUGGCAAAUUAUCUUUUGGGCGAUGAACCCGGUCACUAUAUCCCAGUUGGAGGAGAAUGUCCGCUGUGCGAGACUCGUCUCAGUUGGUCGGCCCUGCUUCAGCGAAAGCGUCUGCUGUUGGGCGUGCCAGAGGAGCCGCAGGAUCGGGAUGAGGCAGAGGAAGACCUAAGCGAUGCACCCGACGUAGACAGCGACGUCGAGGAGCUGGAGCCGGAAUCGGAAUCGAGCGAUUGAAAGGAGAGUGCUACAGUAUUUUACAGGAGAUUUUUCUCUGAAGCUUAAACUUUUUCUAUUGGAUCAUAAACACAAAUUUAAUUAGUUUUUGGAUCGUUUAAAUUUGAUUUUUUUUUAAAUUUGCACUUUUUUUUACAAUUUUUUUAUACAACUUAAAUGUAAGUAAAAUUAUUAUGUCUAUCUUAAAGUGAAGAAAACAUUUUAAAAAUUUCUUUUGGCUUUUUUAAGCUAGGCCAAAACAGAUCUUGCGAAAAUAUAUAUGUACUUAUUCCUA